AUGCAACACGAAAAGACUGACAAGCUGGAUUGUUCGGGAGUUUAUCGCAUCCAAUGCGCCAGCUGGGAGCAGAAGUAUAUCGGUGGAACAGGACGAAAAAUUGGCCUACAAUUCAAGGAACAGCAAAGACUCGGUAAAACCAUGGAUACGCAAAGAUCCGAAAUAGCAGAAGACAUUGCACUGACAGGACCCGAAAUCGACACAAAGGCUGGCUGCACAUUGUUAAACUACGCGAAAACGCAAGAUCCGAGAAGCCAUCGAUAUACUACUUUUCGUAUAUGA